AUGGCUGCCGGUCAGCAAACGCCUCGCAACCUAGCCGUCAAGCAGACACCCCCUAUUCGCGCUCAUACUCCGAUUCCGGUCUCGCCUCCAGUUUCACGAGCGCAGUCAAUUGAGCCACAAUCCAUAAGUGCAAGUUCUACUAGCACUGAACUUCUGAAUGGAACACAGGAUUCAGACCCAGAACAAGAUAGUACCUACUAUACAGCUCAUGGUCGGUUCGCUGGCGACGUUGCGGCCGCCAUAGACGCGAAGAACGGGCUCAGCUUGACUGCAACUUCGAAUCGUGUCCCAUUUGUAGAUGCGCCCUUGUUUGGAGAUGUCGACUUGGACUCGCUGUCACACCUUGGCGCUGUUGUUGAACUGCCUCCUCGACCAUCCGCUGAUAACCUUGUCAAUAUAUAUUUCCAACACAUCGAUCCCGCUGAGCCCGUGUUAGAUCCGGAACAUUUUCACAGGCACUACGAGCAAUUUUACUCUGACUGUGGCUCAUUCCGACACGCAGAUCAAGAUUAUUGGCCUAGUAUACUCAAUACUGUCUUCGCCCUGGCCGUACAGAGACAAGAAUUGAUUCCUCAGCAAGCACGCGAUGAAAAGGCCAAUGGCUACUUUCGACUUGCGUGGGCACUUCUCCGCCCUGAGACAAUCCUUUGGACCUCUGGAUCAAUCGAGCUGGUUCAGUGCUUGAUGCUUAUGAACCGAUAUCUCCACUGCACCAACAAUCAACAGAAGACAUGGAUGACGGCGGGGUUGGCCAUGCGAAUUGCGCAAAAUAUGUGUGCUCAGCCGUCUCCGGUCAAAGAGAGGGAGCUGAAGGAGAGGGUUUGGGCUAGCUGUAUUGCCCUUGAUCGAUGCGUUUCGUGGUCACUUGGUAGGACAUCCGCGCCAUCUCUAACCCCCUUACCGAGCAGACCCGCUUCCGUGUCAUUGAGCGGGGGCCACAAAUCGGGUAGGCAUGCUGAGCGUCUUAGGCGAGCGCUGGAGCUACAUGAAAUUGGCAGUCACAUUCAGCUGGCGCAGACACAGACUCGAAAUAGUCUCGCUGCCGGGUUGGGGCUGCCACGUCUGUAUCAACAAGACGAAUACCACGCGGUAGCGGUGCAAUUAGACACCUCUCUCAACAAAUGGGAGGAGAGCCUCCCCAGCGACUGGCAGCUGCGAAACAUUCCAAAUGUGGUCGACCGGGUGUCUCGAGCAGAGGGAUAUCUGCUUCAUCUUCGCCUUCUCCACACCCGAAUCUGCCUCCACAGGCCCAUGCUCGCUCGCUACUCAUUAAAAUCCAAGACACCACCCCCAGCCCACACCUCCAACCCACCCAGCCUAAGCGACCGCCUCCUCCGAGAAAGCGCCACCAUUUGCAUCGAAGCAGCACAAACCAUCACCUCACUCAUUCUCGAGGUUCACAAUCCCGAAGAACCAAUCGGCCUCCUACCCUGGUGGUACCGAAUCUACUAUCUGCACAUCGCAGGAACCAUUUUCCUAGCCGCCAUGUUCAGCUCAGAGCUAUUCACAAUUUCCGUAUCACAGUCUUGGAAACAAGUCAUGUCUUCUCUUCGAGCGCACGAGCACCUAAGUACAUAUAUUCCACAAUGCAUUCGCACAUUCGAGACGUUCUCAAGGUAUACUCAGUAUUACUGA